AUGAUUCGUGAGGACGUUUGGCAGAAAAUCAGUGAACCGACUCAGCCGACGCCCGUCAAAGAUAUCGUCAUUGAUAGGCAGGAACUUCGGGGCAACGGUUUCUUUUAUUUGAGGCAUCCAACUCGUGAAAAUUCCUUUCUCAUCGCUCACGGUGGACACGGUGGACAAAUGCUUGUUUUCGAUCGUCAAACGAAGAUUACGAUAGCGAUCCUUCGUAAUGGGUUGCGUAAGAGCGUAUUAGCUCAUCCGGAUACCGAACGUAUUAUCCACGAGACAUUCAAGCUACUUGAUGCUGAACACAAACCACUAACUUAG